GGCAAGCAGGCAGGCAGGCAGCUCGGCCCGCGGCGGGGGCCUCGCUCUCGGCGCGAACGCGGCAGCAUUCAUCAUAAAAGAAAUUCGUCACAAUGACAUCUUCUCAGGUUACCUUUGAAAUAAGAGGAACUCUAUUGCCAGGAGAAGUUUUUGCUAUAUGUGGAAGCUGUGAUCCUUUGGGAAAGUGGAAUCCUCAGAAUGCAGUGGCUCUUCUUCCUGAAAAUGAGACUGGUGAAAGCAUGCUCUGGAAAGCAAACGUUGUACUCAGUAGAGGAAUAUCUGUUGAGUAUCGUUACUUCAAAGGGUGCUUUUUAGAACCAAAGACUAUCGGUGGUCCAUGUCAAGUCAUAGUUCACAAGUGGGAGACUCAUCUACAACCACGAUCAAUAACCCCUUUAGAAAGUGAAACUAUUAUUGAUGAUGGACAAUUUGGAAUCCAUAAUGGUGUUGAGACUUUGGAUUCUGGAUGGCUGACAUGCCAGACUGAAAUAAGACUACGUUUGCAUUAUUCUGAAAAACCUCCUGUCUCAAUAACAAAGAAACAAUUAAAAAAAUCUAGAUUUAGGGUAAAGCUGACUCUAGAGGGUCCGGAGGAAGAUGAUGAUGAUAGAAUAUCUCCAACAGUUCUUCACAAAAUGUCCAAUAGCCUAGAGAUAUCCUUAAUAAGUGACACUGAAUUCAAAUGCAGGCAUUCGCAGCCUGAGUGUGGAUAUGGCUUACAGCCUGACCGCUGGACAGAGUAUAGCAUCCAGACAAUGGAACCAGAUAACUUGGAACUAAUAUUUGAUUUUUUUGAGGAAGAUCUCAGCGAACAUGUAGUUCAGGGCGAUGCCCUUCCCGGACAUGUGGGUACAGCUUGCCUCUUGUCAUCCACCCUUGCUGAGAGUGGGAAGAGUGCUGGGAUCCUUACUCUUCCUAUUAUGAGCAGAAAUUCCAGAAAAACCAUAGGCAAAGUGAGAGUUGAUUAUAUAAUCAUUAAGCCAUUACCAGGAUAUAAUUGUGACAUGAAAUCUUCAUUUUCCAAGUAUUGGAAGCCAAGGAUACCGUUGGAUGUUGGACACAGAGGUGCAGGGAAUUCGACAACAACUGCUCAGCUUGCUAAAGUACAAGAAAAUACUAUUGCUUCUUUGAGAAAUGCUGCUAGUCAUGGUGCAGCCUUUGUAGAAUUUGAUGUCCAUCUUUCAAAAGAUUUUGUGCCUGUGGUAUAUCAUGAUCUGACCUGUUGUCUGACUAUGAAAAAGAAAUUUGAUGAUGAUCCAGUUGAAUUAUUUGAAAUUCCAGUAAAAGAAUUAACAUUUGAUCAGCUCCAGUUGUUAAAGCUCACUCAUGUGACUGCAUUAAAAUCUAAAGAUUUAAAAGAAUCUGUGAUAGCAGAAGAAAAUUCCUUUUCUGAAAAUCAGCCAUUUCCUUCACUUAAGAUGGUUUUAGAGUCUUUGCCAGAAGAUGUAGGAUUUAAUAUAGAAAUAAAAUGGAUUUGUCAGCAAAGGGAUGGAAUUUGGGAUGGUAAUUUAUCAACGUAUUUUGACAUGAAUCUAUUUUUGGAUAUAAUUUUGAAAACUGUCUUAGAAAAUUCUGGGAAGAGGAGAAUAGUGUUUUCAUCAUUUGAUGCAGAUAUUUGCACAAUGGUUCGGCAAAAGCAGAACAAAUAUCCAAUAUUAUUUUUGACUCAAGGAAAAUCCGAUAUUUACCCUGAACUCAUGGACCUGAGGUCUCGAACAACCCCCAUUGCAAUGAGCUUUGCACAGUUUGAAAAUCUACUGGGGAUAAACGCACAUACCGAAGACCUGCUCAAAAACCCGUCCUAUAUUCAAGAGGCAAAAGCCAAGGGACUUGUCAUAUUCUGCUGGGGUGAUGAUACCAACGAUCCUGAAAACAGAAAGAAGUUGAAGGAAUUUGGAGUUAAUGGUCUAAUUUAUGAUAGGAUAUAUGAUUGGAUGCCUGAACAGCCAAAUAUAUUUCAAGUGGAGCAGUUGGAACGCCUGAAGCAAGAAUUGCCUGAGCUUAAGAGCUGUCUUUGUCCCACUGUUAGCCACUUUGUCCCCACAUCUUUAUGCGGGGAGCCGGACAUCCAUGUGGAUGCCAAUGGCAUCGAUAAUGUGGAGAGUGCUUAGUUCUUGUGGAGCAGAGGCCAUUUGGGGCAUGCGCCGCCGCAGUCUGGGUAUUCACUCAUCAUCACUGAACAUUGUUGAUGCCUGUUAAGUUUCUCAGUCCAAUGAAGCAAUAAUGAAGUAUUAACACUGUUUCACUACAAUUCCUGCUAGAAUUUCAACAAUGCUCUGUAAGUCACUUGGCCAGGUAUAAUUACCAGUCUCUCUUAAAUUGGUAGAUUCAAAUUUGGUUGGUAAAUAUGUUAAGCUAAAAUAUGUCAACACAUAAUGUUAGCCAUUAAGAGCUUGUUUGCAUUUUGAAAUUAACCCUAGAAAAAUCUCCUUUUGACACUUCUCCAGCUUUUCACUUGAUCAGGUCUGAAAUACUUAGCACCUCUGGAAUGCGACUAUGCAUAAUUAUACCUGACCACAGACAAAAUAAGUACCUCAAAUGCAUGCAUUUGCACUGGUGAUUCCAACUGCACAAACCCUUGUGCCAUCUGUGUACAUAUGUAUUUUUACAUGGUUUGACACGCACAUUUAUCAUUUUCAUUCAGUAUGGACCUUGAGGCUGCUGCCACUUUCCCAGUCAACCAAGCUAAGGC